AUGUCUAAAGCUGUUGGUAUUGAUUUAGGUACUACAUACUCCUGUGUGGCACACUUUGCUAACGACAGAGUUGAAAUCAUUGCAAAUGACCAAGGUAACAGAACCACUCCAUCAUUCGUUGCCUUCACUGACACCGAGAGAUUGAUUGGUGAUGCCGCCAAGAAUCAAGCUGCUAUGAACCCAGCAAACACCGUUUUCGAUGCCAAGCGUUUGAUUGGUAGAAAAUUCGAUGAUGCUGAAGUUCAAAACGAUCUUAAACAUUUCCCAUUCAAGAUUGUGGACAAGGCCGGUAAGCCAAACAUCCAAGUUGAAUACAAAGGUGAGACCAAAGUGUUCACUCCAGAAGAAAUCUCAUCCAUGAUCUUGUCCAAGAUGAAGGAGACUGCUGAAGGAUUCUUGGGUACCAAGGUCAACGACGCUGUUGUCACCGUCCCAGCCUACUUUAACGACUCACAAAGACAAGCCACCAAGGAUGCUGGUUUGAUUGCUGGUUUGAACGUUAUGAGAAUCAUUAAUGAACCAACCGCUGCUGCUAUUGCUUAUGGUUUGGACAAGAAAUCCGAAUCUGAAAAGAAUGUCUUGAUCUUUGACUUGGGUGGUGGUACUUUUGAUGUCUCCCUCUUGUCCAUUGAAGAUGGUAUCUUUGAAGUCAAGGCCACUGCCGGUGACACUCACUUGGGUGGUGAAGAUUUCGACAAUAGAUUGGUUAACUUUUUCAUCCAAGAAUUCAAGAGAAAGAACAAGAAGGAUAUCUCUGGUAACCAAAGAGCCUUGAGAAGAUUGAGAACUGCUUGUGAAAGAGCAAAGAGAACCUUGUCCUCAUCUGCACAAACCUCAAUUGAAAUUGAUUCAUUAUACGAAGGUAUUGACUUUUACACUUCAAUCACCAGAGCCAGAUUCGAAGAAUUGUGUGCUGACUUGUUCAGAUCCACUUUGGACCCAGUUGAAAAAGUUUUGAAGGAUGCCAAGAUUGACAAAUCAAGUGUCCACGAGAUUGUCCUUGUUGGUGGUUCUACAAGAAUUCCAAAAGUUCAAAAAUUGGUUUCCGACUUUUUCAACGGUAAAGAGCCAAACAGAUCAAUCAACCCAGAUGAAGCUGUUGCUUACGGUGCUGCUGUGCAAGCUGCCAUCUUAUCUGGUGACACCUCAUCAAAGACACAAGACUUGUUGUUGUUGGAUGUUGCACCAUUGUCAUUGGGUAUUGAGACCGCUGGUGGUAUCAUGACCAAGUUGAUUCCAAGAAACUCUACUAUUCCAACCAAAAAGUCAGAAACUUUCUCUACUUAUGCUGACAACCAACCAGGUGUCUUGAUUCAAGUGUUUGAAGGUGAAAGAGCCCAAACCAAGGACAACAACUUGUUGGGUAAAUUCGAAUUAUCAGGUAUCCCACCAGCACCAAGAGGUGUUCCACAAAUUGAAGUUACCUUUGACAUUGAUGCCAAUGGUAUCUUGAAUGUCUCUGCUUUGGAGAAGGGUACUGGUAAGACACAAAAGAUUACCAUCACCAACGACAAGGGUAGAUUGUCCAAGGAAGAAAUUGAAAAGAUGGUUAGUGAUGCUGAGAAGUUCAAGGAAGAAGAUGAGAAGGAAGCCAACAGAGUUCAAGCCAAGAAUGGUUUGGAAACUUAUGCUUACUCAUUGAAGAGCACUUUGAACGAAGAGCAAUUCAAGUCCAAGUUGGAUGCCAGUGAGAUUGAAGAAGUCACCAAGGCUGCUGACGAGACCAUUGCUUGGUUAGACUCCAACCAAACUGCUUCACAAGAAGAGUUUGACGACCACAAGAAGGAAUUGGAAAGCAAGGCUAACCCAAUCAUGACCAAGGCAUACCAAGCCGGUGCCGCUCCAGAAGGUGCUGCUGGUGCAGCUGGUGGAUUCCCAGGUGGCGCUCCUCCAGCUCCAGAAGCUUCAGGUCCAACUGUUGAAGAAGUUGAUUAA